GCCCUUACAGUGAUGUCAUUUCUCGGGAAAAUAAGGCGGAUCUUUGUGAAACUCAAAAAUGAGCGCAAAGCUUCACCCGUCCCGCUCGCUGAGUGCCCGGGGGCGCAGAGGGGAUGGCUGCACGGUGCUACAGGGCCGUCUGCUGCCAGUGAAAGAUGGGGAAGUGGCGCACAAACGGGAGGAGAGCGAUCCCGAUGACAGCGAUGGGGAUGAUCCCCAGUUCAUGGAUGCCAGAGAGAUAGAAGGAGGGGGCAUGGUGGUACAAUCUACCCCGCUGCGCAGAACUGUGGUGAUUAUUAAAGAUAAAUAUGGACCUGAAUAUCGAGUGAGUGGAUUUUUUCCAUUGGUAGAUCCUUGGUGGUCUGUAAAACUAAAAGUGAAACGUGAUGGGACGCAGUACUUUGCACAAGGAUAUCCUUCAUACGCUCUUGAGAAUGACAUGAGCAAGGAUAUACUUUCUCUUUUCCUCCAUGCCUGUAAAGUUCAUGAUGAUACAAAACAAACAUUUAUCAACUGGUUACCAAGUGAUGCAACAUUGACUUUUGACAACCUGAAAAAACUCAUAGAAGAAUUUCAGAUGAACAAUUCAAGUAAUAAAAUAAAUAUUGAAAGUUCAGGUCCUGGUCUCCUUGUUAUGCAAGCCCUGGAAUGCCCUCUUACUCUGAAAUACUUACCAAAGCUGUUACCAAGGAAAGUGAAAGGAAUUUUUUUCAUUCAGACAUCUGAAAGUUCUGAAGACCCUAAGCCCCAAAUUGAUUUGUUGAAAGAAAUUGAAACCAUAUUAGCCAGUGAGCCUUGGAAGUUUGGAUUUCAAUGUAUAAUCUAUAGGGCGUUAAAGCUUUGCCGUUGUGAAGCAACUUGGGGCUGCUUUCUCCAGUGUAAGAAGCUACUGGCAAAAAUGACAGAAUUACAGAAAAAUGCACUUCUUAUUUAUAAUGAACUGAAGGAUAGAUGCAGGGAGAUUGGAGAUACCUACGCUGAACAAGAAGUACUUACUAAGCUUGUUAGUGGCCAAAUGCCUGCUGAAGAUGCAUGGGAGGCAAUUAAGUUCCUAAAGGAUAACUGUAUUGUGGUGCUAGAAGGACAGCGGGUUUUUCUACAGAAUCUGUACUUGUAUGAAAAAGAUAUUGCAAGAUAUAUUAGUGCACUUGUAAACGGAACCUCUUGGAAACUGGACUUUGAUGCUAAGGAAAUACUUGCUAGCACCAAAUGUUUUGCUGGAGAAGAAAAUAGUAAAUUGGAAUUUACAGCAGAUAAUCCAGGAAACCUUUACAAAGAUGAUGGUCCUCCCAGUCAAUACAUUAAUACUUUACAAAUAACUGAUGGCCCAGCAUCUACAGAUGACAGUUCAGCAGAACUAGACAUUGACCAGCUGAAUGCUGUUUCAAUGAUUUGUUCCAAUCCUAUUACAGUCAUAAGUGGGAAAGGUGGAUGUGGAAAGACCACUGUUGUUAGUCUUGUAUUCAAACACAUGAUAAAGAAAGAGAAUAUGGAGAUAGAAGAGGCCUGCAAAGCCCUUGAGGGUGACCUGGAUGCUUCAGAGGAAUGGAACAGGGAUCAAAUGGCUUGCAAAGAGGAAUGCAUUGAACCUGUACAUAUUUUACUUACUGCACCUACAGGGAAAGCUGCUUCCCUUUUGAAGAAAAAAACAGGCCUUCCUGCUGCUACUUUGCAUCAGGUGACCUGCAGCUAUUCUGCUUGGAGAAAGCAAAACUCAGACAAACCUUGGAAAUUCUCUAAAGUAAAAGCACUGGUUGUUGAUGAAGGAAGUCUGGUUUCUGUUAAUAUUUUUAGCACUGCUUUAAAGUUUCUGUGUAAUAAUUCGGAUCUGGCCAAGCUGAUCAUUCUCGGGGAUGUCCGACAGUUACCAAGCAUUGAACCUGGUAACCUGCUAGCUGAUAUAUUCACCAGUCUUGGUAACAAGAAGUGGGUUAUUGAGCUGAGAACAAAUCACAGGGCUGAAUCACAGCUCAUUGUAGACAAUGCAACACGAAUAUCUCAGCAAAAGUAUCCUGAGUUUGAUGCGGUCAUAAACAUUGUAAGUGGCCAAGCCAUUGAGAUGCCUGAUGCAGAGAAGAAAUUCAUUUUGGUCUCUUUAUCUAGUGGAAAUGAUCAGGAUUUGGACACUGCAAUAAAGGCACUACUUGAUAAGGGACCAGGAUUAGAAGAUGACAAGCACUCUCAGUUUAUUGCAUUUAGAAGAAGGGACUGCAUGAUGAUAAAUGAGCUGUGUUCCAGGCACUAUUCAGAACAUUCAAUCAAGAAUCACAAGAAUAAAUUCGAUUUUCAGGUUAAAGACAAGGUUUGUUGUACAAAGAAUGCCUAUGUAAAAGACCUUAAAACCAAGAAUACUGAAAGGCUGGAUUUGACGCAAUCACCAGGAAAUAGACACACUAUAAACUGUGAGGAAGCAAUACCCAGCACAGCAGCAUGGGCCAGGAAUAGGUCCCAGGCACAGUCUGACAGUUUGGCAAACGAAGAUGAGAGAUUAUGCAACGGAGAAAUUUUUUUUAUAACUGAUGAUGUGGAAAGGGAUAAAAUACGUGAAUUAACACUCAGGGAUUCAGAAGAUAGAGAAUACACCUUAAAUUAUAAAGCACUUAGAAGGUGCUGUGGUUUGACACAUGCUUGGGCCAGAACUAUUCACACUUUCCAGGGAUCAGAAGAGGAGACAGUGGUGUAUGUCCUGGGAAGUGCAGGCAGACAGAACUGGAAACAUGUAUAUACAGCAGUAACUCGGGGUCGCAAACGUGUGUAUAUAGUAGCCAAAUUAGACCAGCUGGGUGGAGCCAUAGCAAAUAAAGCACGUGACAGGAAAACUCGGUUGCAGCAGCGCUUGAAAGAGACUCUCACGCAAAACAGAGAUGAUCCUGGAUCAGGAAAGCCUAUCGGUGGAACCCAGGUUCAAUGUGUCUCCAAUGCAGAUCAUGAGGAUUGUAAUAGAGAACAGAAAUUUAAGAUACUAUCCCAUCACUCUCCAACAUCUCCUGGCUGCUCUGUGCCUUCAACUGCUCCACCUAACUGUGAAGUUCCCAGUACAAGCACUAACCAUACAGAGGGGAACCUGGCAAGUGAAGAUUUUAUUCACUCCCUACAGCAGUCUCCUUCUCAAAAAAGGCCAGCAAAUAUCUCUGAAGGCCCAGGAACUCCUGCCAAGCUGUCAAGGGUUGCAGCCUCUAAGGAAAACAUGUCCCCACUAGGCUGUUCCAGACUGCAGAACCUGUCUCUUGGCUGCUCUUCUCCCAAGCAGCUUUUCAAACCAUAAGCAUUCCAGUACAGGGGCAGGUGGGCAAUCAUAAUUAAGUACUUAUUGCAUUUUUAUACAGAAACUGAUGUUCACAAUGUUCAACACAAAAGUGUUCUUGUGCUUCAUACCCUGGCUUCUUUAUUUACAUAAACUGAUUUAUGUAAUUGGAAAUAUCUGCAAGCUGCCCCAGGACAUUGCCAAUAGUACCUAAACAUUUUCUAUUGAUAUGUGUAAACCUGCGUGUCAUAGCUUUGCUACUUAGCACUCGAUGUGACAUUUCUGGAAUGAUACCAGGUGCCUUUCCCCCAGUUUAAUAUGCUUUGGUUUUGUUCUGUUCACUGGAUUAGCAGUGCUCUCAAUACAAUUAUCAUAAACUAUAAAAGCAAUGCUCUUUAACAAGCUUCUCGUUUGGUAGCCUCUAAAAUCACAGACUUUUGUAUUUAGUGCCCAAUCCCAGGAACUGUUGCUGCCCAAAUAAAGCAGCAGGGAGGGUCACCUGCAACACAGAUGGAAAACCUCAAUAUAAUGUUCCCUCUAUAUUAAAAGACAUCUCACAAUGCUCAAACUACCCCAAUAUUGCAUAGCUGCUUCCUAUGGGAUUCCAAACACGGUGCAAGUUUUUGAAAAGCAAUUAUGAUGUUUUGUACUUUUUAAAUAAGUAAAAAAGAGAAAUACUAGGUUUACCUGUUUUAUAAGCAUUUUAGUAGCCGUGACCCUUCCUGACAAUAAAAGAACAUGUUUCUGGUCUAUCGAUGUGGCUAAGCUAUACUGAUUAAAAUUGCCCUUAAAUAACUCCCAGGGAAGUUACUUGCCCUUGAGGAUAAAAAUCUGACUGCAUUUGCCCAAUGCCUCUGCCUAUGUUUUCUCCUUUUAGGUUAAUGCCACACCAUGCGUGGUGGCAAGCCGAAAAACACUCGCCGAGAAUAUGUGCCAUACGCUCCUACCUGUGUCU